AAUAGAUCGGUACAAAAUUUCGUUAAUCAUCAUAUAAAAUAAUAUGUUAAUUAUUAAACGUAAAAUAUUUUUUUAUUGCCGCGACCGCUUUUAUAUUGGGAUUAGUUGUUUUGGUUUUUGGCUGUAAAGCAAUGUAUCCCUACUUACACAGUUCUCUGAGCGGCUAUGUUGCAUGUCAACGGCAGCGUUUAUAUACAUAUAUACGCACGUACAAGAGUGCAUAGAGUUAUCAUACACUAUGUUGUAAUUAACUGAAUCAAUCAGCAUGAAAACUAUGUCGAUGCCACCGUGAUCAUUUAACGCUACUAGAUAUUUCUGUUGAAUCAGUUAUUUGACGGCAUUUUGUUACUCUGGUUGUUGAUACAUUGAAAAUUGACGGAAAAAUUAUAUUUUUGUGUCACAAUAACAUUCGCGAAAUGAAAUAUACAAUUUGCCUACUUUUGCAAGCAUUUAUUUUAUUCGCAGCUUUUAUUAGAAUCAAUGUGGUUUGGUGCAGCCAAACAAUAGACGGCCGAGCACUCACUAAAGCGAAUGAGCCGCCAUCCAAAAAGCAGCUUACCGAUGUGGUAAAAGUUGUGUCUGGUACUAACGUUAAACGCUUAGAGCGAAUGACUGUUCCUUUAAGUGGACAAUUCACGCAAUAUCCGAUAUAUUUGGGUUAUAAUUAUAUCGGAGCCGUACCUCAUUGGCAAGCAUUCGCAAGUAUUGUAGGAGAAGGAGAGUCUGCCAUUAACGGAGUCGUUACCUUUCAGCAAUUGCCCUACAAUGGUGACAUUAGAGUGACCAUUAAUAUAACUGGACUACCAACAGGAAAACACGCUAUCCAUAUACACACAUACGGAGAUUUACGCGACGGUUGCAAAUCCACUGGUGGGCAAUUCCCUAACAAUUUCAUAGGCAAUGUAGACACCAAAGAAGAUGGAAGUAUCUCAUCAGCCUUUCGCAGUUCGUAUCUAAAUUUGUUUGGCUUCAAUGGAAUUGUGGGGCGUUCAAUCGUUAUUCAUGAAAAACCCAUCGAUGUAAAUAUAGCUCUCAAUGCUGAAGUCUUUUCUAGCUCACUUCAAUCAAUGUCCGAUGCGCUGGCCUAUCAAAAUGAAGAAAACUCUGUGGGACCCGCUAUUGCAUGUGGGAUUAUCAGUAUAACAAGCACAACGCCGGUCACUAUUCCAACAUAGAAAUAAAAAUAUAUGUAUAUACGUACAUACAUAUGUAAGUAAAUCUAUUUCAGUAUAUACUUCAUCAUAGUAUCAUAGUAUACAGUAUUCAAAGGUUAAAAAUAUGACUUGUUAAAAUAUAUGAGCAUUUAUGCUAAGCACUGGAAAAGUA